AUGGGCAACAAGCAGGCGGUCUUCAGUCAUGAGCAGUUGGAAGCCUACCAGGACUGCACCUUAUUCACGAGGAAGGAGAUCAUGAGGCUCUUCUACCGCUACCAGGACCUGGCUCCCCAGCUCAUCCCUCUCGACUAUACCAGCUACCCUGACGUGAAGGUGCCCUAUGAGCUCAUUGGCAGCAUGCCUGAGCUGAAGGACAACCCUUUCCGCCAGAGGAUUGCCCAGGUCUUCUCUGAGGAUGGCGACGGACACAUGACUUUUGACAACUUCCUGGACAUGUUCUCUGUGAUGAGCGAGAUGGCUCCCCGUGACCUCAAAGCCUACUACGCUUUUAAGAUUUACGACUUCAACAACGAUGAUUACAUCUGCACGUGGGACCUGGAGCAGAUGGUGACCAGGCUGACACGGGGGGAGCUCAGUGCUGAGGAGGUGAGCCUGGUGUGCGAGAAGGUGCUGGACGAGGCAGACGGGGACCACGAUGGGCGGCUGUCCCUGGAAGACUUUCAGAACAUGAUCCUGCGGGCACCCGACUUUCUCAGGUGCCGCCCCAGCCCGGGUCCCCUACCAUAUACGGAGGCAGUUCACGAGCUCUGUUUGAGUUUCUUCAUUCACUGAAAGCUGAGUGGUUGCAACAGGGACCAUAGGGCCCGCAGAGCCAAAAAUAUUUACUACCUGGCCCUUUACAGAAAAAGUUUGCCAACCUCUGAGUUAACAUACAGA